AUGUCUCCCGCUGCCACCAUUCAGUCUACUACCACGCCCUCCAAAGCCUCCAAGGGCAACAUCGGAGUCUACACCAACCCGGCACACGAUCUGUGGAUAGCAGAUGCUCUACCCACAAAAGAAGAAGUAGAGAAUGGCGAAAGCUUGCAGCCUGGCGAGGUGACCAUCGCGAUCAAGAGCACAGGAAUCUGCGGAUCCGACGUCCACUUCUGGCACGCAGGAUGCAUAGGUCCCAUGAUCGUAGAUGGCGACCACAUCCUCGGCCACGAAUCCGCCGGAAUAGUCGUCGCCAAACAUCCUUCUGUCCAGACCCACGAAAUCGGCGACCGAGUAGCCAUAGAACCCAACAUCAUCUGCAACGAAUGCGAACCCUGCUUGACGGGAAAGUACAAUGGAUGCGUGGAUGUACAGUUCCGCUCCACUCCUCCGAUUCCAGGUCUUCUACGCCGCUAUGUCAACCACCCGGCAGUUUGGUGCCAUAAGAUUGGCGAGAUGAGCUACGAGGACGGUGCAUUGUUGGAGCCGCUCUCCGUAGCUCUGGCGGGAAUGCAGAGGGCGAACAUUACACUUGGUGAUAGCGUCAUGGUCUGUGGUGCUGGACCCAUCGGGUUGGUCACUUUGGCUUGCGUGAAAGCCGCUGGAGCGGAACCGAUCGUCAUUACGGAUAUCGACGAAGGACGUCUGGCGUUCGCCAAAGAGUUUUGCCCAAGUGUACGAACUCACAAGGUCGACUUUGGCGACUCGCCGGAGCAAUUCGCUGAAAAGGUCGUAAAGCUGGCGGAUGGAGUGGAGCCUGCGGUGGUGAUGGAGUGCACUGGUGUUGAAUCUUCCAUCUCUGGCGCGAUUCAUGCCGCGAAGUUUGGUGGAAAGGUCUUUGUCAUUGGCGUUGGCCGACCGGAGAUCAAGAUUCCUUUCAUGAGAUUGAGCACGCGGGAGGUGGAUCUGCAGUUUCAGUACCGAUAUGCAAACACUUGGCCAAGAGCGAUCAGACUAUUGCAAGGUGGAGUCCUCGAUCUUAAGAAGCUGGUCACACACAGAUUCAAGCUGGAAGAGGCGAUUGAGGCUUUCAAGGUCGCGGCAGAUGCUAAACAGGGUGGUAUCAAAGUCAUGAUACAGAGCAUGGAUGAAGGAGAGAAGUAG